UAUGUAUGUAUGUAUGUAUGUAUGUAUGUAUGUAUGUAUGUGAGAGAGAUGAAGGUGGCAGUAAGUCAGACUGGAAUGGGACAUGGAGGUAGACGGCAGACUGAGUUAAUUACCAAGACGUUCAAAGCGGAGAGGUGAGAUCGGUCGGAAAGGAAGCGAUGCAAAGCGACUCGGGGAGCCGGGGAAUCCGAUUGAGACGUGAAGUUAAGUGUUACAUCAAAGGAAGGAGUUAGCACCGUGAGACUGAGUCUGUGCUCGGAGGUGAAUUGCUGCUGUCUGUGUUGCGGUUUCUGGUGUAACAACCUGUUAUGAGUGAAGACACAUGUUAACAGCUUGGCUUUAAUGUGCAAUUACGCUCUAAAUAUAUUGUGGGAAGGCGUUUAAUGGAACUGAAUGAACGCCUUUUUCUCUUGUGUCUAUUUAACAGUGCGGUUGCCAGAAAACUCUUCUCCACCCCCCCCCCCCCCCCAAUUUCUUGUUAUAGUGACUUCUGUGAGUCACCGUGGGUAUGACUAGGAAUGAGACGACAUAGGAUUUUUAAAGGGAUUCCAGUUUGUUUGAGUUUUUUGAUGAUUAUUAGGAUAAUAUCAUGAAUCGGAAUAAUUUUGGCCACGAUAGUCGUGAAAAAAAACAGUAUUUCAGCACCAGAAAGAAGUAAAAAACAGAUAUUAACUUGCAUGGUUUAACAUUUUGUCAUUGAGGAGGUUUGUGGUUGUUGUCCUACUACUCGUGUCGAGGUAGUUUGUCACCGCUGACAUCUACAGGCCGGCCAUGUUCAUGCCCGAUACCCCCCCAGUGACCUGUCUGUCCGUUACCAUGCCUGUAUUGACUCAGCUGUGAUGUUAUGAGCAGUGACGCCAAGACAUUCUACAACCUCUGCAGCCUUUCACACGUCAUCAGUCAGUAGAAAUGAAACUCUCUUUAUGAAUCACCAUCAUAAUGUUUUAUAGUUGGAAGUAUUGGGUAUUACUUGAUUAAAGUAUAGUGUUUAACCAGGACAGUUUAAAUCGUGCCAUACAUCGAUCUUUAAUGCUGCGGUUUUCUUCUUUCAUGUGUUGGCGUCUCUUAUGAUAUGUGAACACAUGAAUAACCUUUUUGUCCGCCACCGUAUUUCUGUUGUACAUCCUUCAGUAUAUUAGUGAACUCCUGAACUGAAACAACUCCUCUGUGAUCACCAGCAAGAUGUCUUUCGUAUCCAGUGAGCUUUGUUUGUGUCGUUGUUUGUUGAAAACCUCAUCAGGAUUCAUCAGCCUCGUCACAUUUUCUUCAUGACUUCGCCGUUUGUCCUCGUUAUUCAUCUUCCUGCGUUGUUCUCCGGUUCCUCUUUGUCUCCUUGUGUCUGUUGGUGUGCACGUCUCCGUCACGCUCCAUCUCUUUUGAUAAAUCCUCCUACUUAUCCUCCUGUUAACUGCUCUCUGUGUCUGUUGUUGUCUCUGUGUCUCUCUGCUCAAACGUCUCUCUUUCUGCACUAUUAGCGCUGGUUUAGUGAAGUCUCAGGUGUGUCCCACCAUUAAGUCAUUAAAUGGUAUCUCUGCAUCCUAAUGAAGCCGCCAUUUAAACUAGUAACUGUUAGCUAAUGCAAAGCCUAAUUCUAGGUGAAGUAGCAGCACUGUUUGAAAAUGUGUUUUAAUGGCAUGGACCCUUGUGGGACUGUUAACCGACAGACUAUAAUGCUAGACAGACCAAGCUUCAUCCAUUAAUGUCUUCAAAGUUUCCCAAAACCAUUCCUGCGCAUUGACCUACAGUGUGGGGAAGAUUAUCCCAGCGCUCGAAUGCCUUUGGGAAGCCCAGUCUCCUGUCUGUGGUCCCAAAUGGCCAGUCUGGGCUUUAUAGCCCAUUUUAUCAUUGAGGAUCGAGGGGGAACAGAGCACUCAGGCCCACAGAUAGUUAAUCUCAUUGUUGAGAUUGGAUGCAAUAAGUGAAGCAGAGUUCGGGUUUAUAACAGAAAGAUAAUAUGUUUUGACUGGUUUUGCUUUCAGGGACUUGAGUUGGUCUACAGAAAGACAAAUAUCGUUAAAAAAACUAACUGCAGAGCGGCCAUUUAUGUGUCCAUUGACAUAUGUUCCCUCAUUAAUGGAUGGGUGGAGGGAAAGCUCCUUUUUUGGGUGCUAUACUUUUAUGAACUGUAUGACGUUGUGUUAGCUUGUUGGUCUUGGAAAAAAAACACACAAAUGAGAAUUCAUAUCAAUGUCUCUUCAUUAGAACUAGCUUUUAUUCCGAUAUGGCCUAAUCCUUUCAAUUCUAACCACACAUUCUUAGUCUCAGUCGGUGAUACUAACUGAUAACUGAAUGAACAACUCGGUCCGUUUGACUGUGACGCAACAUUUAGAGGCGGCUUGAUCCUCCACGAUUGUGCCCUCUCGUUGACAUGAUAGAACUGUACAGCUGAAGGAGCCUCGCACAUUCAUAUUUAAUCUCCUAACUCUCAUCCUUAAUGCAUGAGGAGAAUGGGAGACCCCCUAAACCCCCUUGCCCCCCCCCACGGCUCAGCCCACUGGGAGCGGGAAAGAGGAGGAUUAGAGCAGGAUUAAGUCUGUGGUGUGAAUGGGAGCCACGAGACCGCCACAAUUAUUCACUCCCCCCUCCUUCCAUCCCUCCCUCAUACACUCACAGAAACUCAUGAACUCCCUCUGUCUGUUUUUGCUCUCUUUCAUACCUCCAAAACACACACUUUUGAGGACCUUUCCCUUUCAUAUCUAACUGUAAUCUCAUCCCUUAAGUCUUUUUCUUAAUUAAUAAAUUAAACAAAGUAAGCUUGAGCCAAUUGAUAGAAUCAGUGAUUCAGCCUGUGAGAGAACAGGAAACGCUCUUCCUCCUUGAUGUUAUAACGUUUUGAACUCGCCGUCGCUCUACCUCUCUUUGCUGCUUCCACAGCUGCCAAAUGUUGCGCGAGCACAGGGCUCCUUACUUUAAUGUGCUGUCGUAAUCCGAAGGAAGAUGCAAGGAACAUUAACGUAAAAGUCACCACCUGUCUGGAUGAUGAAAAGUCAAUACUGUAACAGCUAGAUGGAGCCAGCAAUGUAGCAUUUUAUGUCUGAAAAGGUCUCACCCAAGAUGUCAAACUUUUCCAUUACUUCCUAGAUCGCCUGCUUCUUUUACGGGGCUCUUCCUUAUUGCAGGUCUUGCGUUACCAAAUAUCAGUAUCAGCAACUCUUGCUGUAGGAUUUCUAAACGCUUGUUUCCUCUAUGAUCUUGACAAGAUGAAGGUCAGGCUAUUAAAAAUACCAUAACUUUCAUCCGUUCGGGAUCCUCGUGUUCAUCCGUUCGGGAUCCUCGUGUUCAUCCGUUCGGGAUCCUCGUGUUCAUCCUUUCGGGAUCCUCGUUUUCAUCCGUUCGGGAUCCUCGUGUUCAUCCGUUCGGGAUCCUUGUUUUCAUCCGUUCGGGAUCCUCGAUAGUGUUGCCUUGUAUAUUGGAGAGAUAGCUUUUGUUGGGAGUAAUGAACUGAUGUGAAACGGGUCAGAUACGACAUGAAUACCACUUGUCAGCUUGCUCUAAAAUCAGCUGUUUCCCAGGAAGACCCACAUGUUCUAAGCUUAUUGCCUGAAUAACACAUUUAAGGUUUUUUCAUGAAGUGGAGAAUUAUGUUCUGAAAAAAAAAGGUCAAACUAUCUAAAUAAUAAUUAUCUAAUUUAAUGCUGGAGCUCCUGGUCAACUCAGCUGCUUCACGUGUUAAUUUCUGUGUCUUUGCGUGUGGAUUUGGCUGAAUGUAUUAAAUGUUAGCAGGGUGGGAGCUUCAUCAUCGCUGCCUCAUAACUGCUCCAUCACACUGAAAUCGAUAAGUAUUUACCUGAUGAUGAAAUUAGCAAUCACUCUCUGUCUCCCACUCCAGCCCCUCUCGCUUCAUCCGUCUCUGCUUAUUCACACAGAAACACAACAAACUAGUAGUGACGAGUGCUGGUCAACAGCAGAACGAGUGCAGAGAAUUCUACUUAUGUGUGAUGUAGUCGAAAACACAAACAGUCUGGGAUUAGGUGUUGCCUGCCGUUCAAUAUGUGAAACACACAAUUCAUUACGCUGCUGUUCCUAAUGGGAAAUGGAUUUCACUUAAAUACUCCUUAAGUCACACUAAGAGAUCUGUGAGUCAGUAUGUGUGUGAAAUUAGAAUCCUACUGUCUAAGUGUUUGCAGAUGGCAAACACUUAGACAGUAGGAUUAUCAUUGAAACAUGGGAGCAAAUGUAUGAAUAUGUAUGUGGCAUACUUCAUCACUGAAAUGGGGAGGGGGGAGCGGGGAGCGUUAAUGUUUAAAGUUUAUAGAUGCUAACUUGUUUUUACUCUGAAGUGAUGUUAGCACUAUUCUGCUGGACUGUAGGAAUGAUUUAUAGAGGAAGUCUAAUGAUAGAUAAAUCUUCCGGUAGAUUUGUUUUUUCCCCAAAGAAUUUGGAGAAUCCAAAAAAGAUGUCCGACUGUAAACGUAGUGGACUGAGUGGUGAAUAGGGAUCUUAUUUGUUGAUCUUAUCGGAUCCCCAUUAGCUUCUGCCGUAGCAGUUGCUAAUCAUCCUGGUGUCCAAAUAAAACCUGAAUGCAAUCGUGGAAUCAAUAUCCAAAAAACAAUUUAAAAUGGAUAAUGCUGGUGUGUAAAUCCAGCGUACAGCGUUCCUCUUUUAACGUGCCACACAUUAAGAACAAGCCAUUGAACUUCUCAGACCCCACCCCUCAGUACUGUGUUUCCCUGUGGGUUUGGGGGAACAGGGGAGUGGUGGUGGUGGGGGUUUAAGUGCUGAUGGGGUCGCACAGUACAACAGGCCUAUUAGAAGAGAGUACUGAGGGGGCAGCACCCCCCAGACUCUACGUCUUUAAUAUUGCAUGUUGGCACCGCGGCUCCUCGCAGCCUCGGCUAGCUUCACACAUCCAGUUUGUCUUGACGUGUCUUUGCAUGAGCAAGUGUUGGUGUGUUCAGUGUUCGGCCGGCGAGUGGCGAUGGAGGAGGCGUGCUGUAGGUUUACCCGUUGUCGCAGGAGGACUUCGUCUCUCACCCUGGUACUGCCCCGAUCCAAACUGGUAAGACCUGAGAACUAGAGGAUCAGAGGGAACGCCAAGAACGAUUGGCGACCUGCACAGGAAAUAGAGGUGAAAACCAGCUGCCUGGCUUUGUAGGCAACCGUUACUGAUGUAGUGCUGGAGAUAGGUCUUGGUCUUAAGUCCACUUCUUAAAGGUCUCGUCUCAGAAUGGUCUCAGACAAAGGGGACUCUGGAUUUUAUUUCACGACCAGUCAAGUCCACAGCUGCAGGGAUAUCACUAAACUGCCUGAUUUAUUUGUUGACAUCAUUACUGUCAUGGCUCAUUGAAAUCAAAGGAACAUUCCCACAGUUAGAAUUCCCUUCAGCAAAGCCUUUUGUACACUAUAUACACACAUACACAGUAUAUAUGGCGGUAAAAGAGGUGAAUGAAGAGGAAUCUUUGUCAUUAUGUAAAUGUGGAUCUUUGGUUUGUGUCUAUGGGUUGUCAUGCAGUGUGGGACUCUGUGGGCACUGGUCUGGUCUCAACCACUCACAGUCUUGGUCUGGACUACUUCACUGGUAAACCCCAUUUUUAACUUCCUCAAUCAGUCACUGAAUAUUGUUUCUUUCACCUACAGUGUCUGGGUGUAGUGGACCAGUUCUGCUAACCCUCUCCAGCCUUGUGUUGGUAAAUGAAGGAUGUAAUACUGGGACUGGACCUUUGCUUGAUCUGCUUGUACACAUUGGAUAAAGGUGCUUCGUUACGUUGGCUGACUCUUUAGAUGAUUCCAGCUUUGCAGGGCUUGUAAUCUUUAACGCUAGAGGCUCUUCUCUUCUUCAGUAAGACUUUGUGUCACAACACUUCUACUGAGUUGUCCUCUGCUGUGUGUUUGGGGAUUCUUUUUAUGUUCUAAAUGUAAAUCUCGCUGAUGGUAGUAACUCACUUACCGAGGUGGUCAGUUAAUUAAUGAUGUAAAUCAGUCUGUUCAUUAAGAGAAGAGAGUUUCACAUCUGGAUUUGAUGAUUUGUUUUUACACACAAGCUGGGAAUUAAAAUGAGUUUCGUUUUUGUUAGUUGGUGCAAAGCUUCAGAUUGAACUUAAUGUGAUUUAAGGACGUAUAACUGGGACGCACAGAUAUAAUAGUAAGUAACGUCCGGUCUCUCUCCGUGGUGCUGGAACAUUCAAACCAUGUCUCCCUUAUUUUACAAUCCACUUAAACACACAAAUACCACUAGAAAUAUUAACUGUUUAUAUUAACAACCGAGCAACAUCUUUGCAACCACGUUACAGACCAGCAUCAGUGAGCUACCAAAUAUUCAGCAGAACCAGCCCAGCUCAAGCAGCUCGCACAUAUGACUGAAUUUAGCCUGUUUUUGUUGGAAAUUAUUAUUUAUUAGCCAUAAUUUAACAGUUUGAACUGCUUUACAUUACAAUAAUUAGGUUGUGUGUGGUCAGUCUGUGCGUGAUGGUAGGUUAAAGGUGGUGUAUUGAUCUGGGGACCUUUUGGUCCUUUCUGUUGUCAGUGAAAGUUUCUUUAGCUUUUCAGAAGUCAGUCGGCUGCUUGACUGACGUCUUUGUCUCUUUCUGAAUCUGAGGGGUUUGUUUGUGAAUGAGCUCUAUGCAAUUCAGAUUUUUGGAGUGUGCAAUGGUCGUGAUAACAAAAUGGAAACAAAUGAAUUUUGCCUUGUGCAAAUUGUCUUCUUAUCGUGAAGUAAACAAACGGACGGCGUUUGAGUGUCCUUGUGUGCACACACAGGAAAUAACGUGUAAGCUGUCCGCAUAAAAGAAAGCCAGACGAGCCGUCUUAAUAGGACAGCCACUGCUUCAUCGCUCUGCUUAGGUCACUCCAACAAUAUACAACCAGCCUCCCACUUCGUCUGUCCAUCAGAAAUCAUAUCAACCUCCAGACCCGGGUGAUCAUUUACAGCCGUCUGAAGUGUCUUCAGCUCCGUCCUUCCUGUUAAUUAUCUUGGAGUGUAACAUGUCAAACAGUGCCAAACCAGCUUUGGCUUUUAGGCUGAUGAAACGUGUGUGUGUGUGUGUGUAAGUGUGAGUGUCGGUGUGUUUGUUUGCCUCUGUUGAACUCACAUCCUCCUCUCUAUUUUUUUUCUCAUUCCGCCUUUCUACGACUUCCUGUCUGUCUGAACAGCUUCCUGCUGACCUCAAUAAGAUGCACCUAACAGACCACGCCCAUCAGCAGGUGAUGCACAUGCCUCCCAGCCAAUCAGGAUGCAGCAUCGCCAGCGACUCGGGGAGCAGCAGCCUGUCAGACAUUUACCAGUGUUGGCCCGAUGAAUACAUGAGAAAAAAUUCCUUGAAGACUCAGAAAUCAGAGGCCACCGAGAGCGACCUGGGGGACGUGGACCUGUCCGGACUUCCAGAGGCUGCGGUGGACAGCGAGGAAGAGGAGGAGGAAGACGAGGACCUGGAGAGAGCUUCAGACACUCUUCUGGGCCGAGACCUGGUCCGAGAGUGUCUGGAAAAAGACCCGGCCGACCGCAACGACGACGACAUCGAGCAACUACUGGAGUUCAUGCACCAGCUGCCCGCCUUCGCCAACAUGACCAUGUCUGUGCGGAGAGACCUGUGCAGCGUCAUGGUGUUUGAGGUGGUGGAGCAGGCUGGCACGGUCAUACUGCACGACAAGCAGGAGCUGGACCUCUGGUACGUCAUCCUGAACGGGGCCGUUGAGAUCAGCCACCCGGAGGCCAGAGUGGAGACUCUCUGCAUGGGCAACAGCUUCGGCAUCUCGCCCUCUCUGGACAAACAGUUCAUGCACGGAGAAGUCCGCACCAAGGGGGACGACUGCCAGUUCGUCUGCGUCGCCCAGGAGGACUACUGGCGCAUCCUCAACCAUGUGGAGAAGAACACGCACAAGGUGGAGGAGGAGGGCGAGAUCGUGAUGGUGAAGGAGCACCGCGAGCUCGACCGCAGCGGCACCAGGAAGGGUCACAUCGUCAUCAAGGGAACCCCGGAGCGCCUGAUCAUGCACCUGGUGGAGGAGCCGUCGGUGGUGGACCCGACCUACAUCGAGGACUUCCUGCUCACCUACAGGACCUUCCUGUCUAAUCCCAUGGAGGUCGGCAAGAAACUGCUGGAGUGGUUCCACGUGGACAGCCUCCGGGACACGGUAACGAGAAUAGUGCUGCUGUGGGUCAACAACCACUUCAAUGACUUUGAGGGCGACCCAGCCAUGACGCACUUCCUGGAGGACUUUGAGAAACAUCUAGAAACCACAAAAAUGAAGGGCCACUUGCGGCUGCUGAACAUCGCGUGUGCAGCCAAGGCGAAGUGGAGGCAGAUCACCCUGCAGAAGGCGUCCAGGGAGUCGCCGCUCUACUUCAGCGUGCAGGGCGGCAGCGAGAGAGGCUUCGGCAUCUUCGUCGAGUCGGUGGAAGUGGGGAGCAAGGCUGCAGAGGCCGGACUCAAACGUGGAGAUCAGAUCAUGGAGAUCAACGGUCAGAACUUUGAGAACAUCUCCUUCUCCAAAGCCGUUGACAUCUUGAGAAACAACACACACCUCUCUCUCACAGCCAAGACCAACAUAUUUGUCUUCAAAGAGCUCCUCAGCAGGAUCGUGCACGAGAAGAAGAACGGCGGCCCUCACAUUCCCAAGAUCCAGGAGAAGAAGGGAAACCGCUUCUCCAUCGCCGACCUCCCCGGAGACAUGGAGUUCCCCUCGGACCACAAGAGCACCAGGAAGAUGAAGGCCAACACCGUGUCAGGAGGACGGAACAAGAUCCGGAAGAUGCUGGAGAAGACGCGCUUCAGCAUACUGCCGCCCAAACCGUUCAGGGGCCUGUUUGGUGAUGGCGGCGUGGGUCAGUCUCAGGACGACAGCAUUGUGGGUACCAAGCAGUGUCGGCACAGCGUGGCCAUCAUGCCCAUCCCCGGCAACCUGUCGUCCAGCAGCCCCGACCUGCUGCACCCGGCCACCAGCGUCCUCGACUUCUCCAACCCCGCAGCCCUGGGACUCUACUACAUCCCAGACCAGGUGAUCCGGGUGUUCAAGGCCGACCAGCAGAGCUGCUACAUCAUCAUCAGCAAGGACACCACCGCCAAGGAUGUGGUCGCCCACGCUGUCAAUGAGUUCGGCCUCCUCGCGGCGCCCGAGACCUACUCCCUGUGCGAGGUGUCCGUGAGCCUGGAGGAAGUCAUAAAACAGCGGCGUCUGCCAGACCAGCUCUCCAAGCUGGCUGAUCGCAUUCAGCUCAACGGCAGGUACUACCUGAAGAACAACAUGGAGACGGAGACGUUGUGUUCGGACGAGGACGCUCAAGACCUCCUCAGAGAGAGCCAGAUCUCUCUGCUGCAGCUCAGCACCAUGGAGGUCGCUGCCCAGCUCUCCAUGAGAGACUUUGAGCUCUUCAGGAACAUCGAGUCCACAGAAUACGUGGACGACUUGUUCAAGCUGGACUCGUCGGUGGGAAGUGGAAACCUGAAGCAGUUCGAGGUGGUGAUAAACCAGGAGACCUUCUGGGUCGCCACGGAGAUCCUGAAGGAGCCCAACGCCCUGAAGAGGAUGAAGACCAUCAAGCACUUCAUCAAGAUCGCCCUGCACUGCAGAGAGUGCAAGAACUUCAACUCUAUGUUCGCUAUUAUCAGCGGCCUGAACUUAGCGCCGGUGGCUCGGCUGCGCUGCUCGUGGGAGAAACUGCCCAGCAAGUACGAGAAGCUGUUCGUGGACCUGCAGGACGUGUUCGACCCGUCCAGGAACAUGGCCAAGUACCGCAACGUCCUGAGCAGCCAGAGCAUGCAGCCGCCCAUCAUCCCGCUGUUCCCCGUGGUCAAGAAGGACCUCACCUUCCUACACGAAGGCAACGACUCCAGCAUAGACGGCCUCGUCAACUUUGAGAAGCUGAGGAUGAUCGCCAAGGAGAUCAGACACGUGGUGCGGCUGACCUCGGCCAACAUGGACCCGGCCCUCAUGUUCAGACAGAGGUCUCUGAGUCAGGGCAGCACCAACUCCAACAUGCUGGACGUGCAGGGCGGCGCCCACAAGAAGCGAGUGCGCCGCAGCUCGCUGCUCAACGCCAAGAAGCUGUACGAAGACGCCCAGAUGGCCCGGAAGGUGAAGCAGUACCUGUCCAACAUGACGGUGGAGAUCGACGAGGAGAAGCACCAGAUCAUGUCGCUGCAGUGUGAGCCGGCGUACAGCACCUUAUCUAAGAACCUGAGUGAGAGACGAUCCACCAAGUCGGACAUGUCUCCGGUGUCUCUGCGCUCGGCUCUGCCCUCGGGGAGAACGCAGAACAGGGUCUCUCAAGUCCUUCAGGUCCAGGUCCCUCUGAUGCCUCUACGAAAGAAGAGCACAGCCAAGGACAUCGGCCCUCCUACCUCCAACUCUCCCCAGGUGGUGAAGAAACCUCCCGUGAUCUCGUUGGAGGAGUGGAGCUCCAAGAGGCCGUCUGACGACAGCGUGUCCAUGAUCUCCUCCCUUCACUCCAGCCCCACGGUGUCGCCUCAGGGCUCCCCGCGCAAAGUGGGAGGCGUGGUCAAGUCCCAGAACUGCAGCCAGAUGAACCUGUCGGGAUCUUCUUCGUCUCUGACCAGCGACGCCAGCACGAAGGCCGGCACCGUCAGCCUGCGGAGCUACGGCAUAGGUUACGCUCUCCUCCCGCUCGGCAAAGCAGACAACCUGUCGGACUCGAGUCACAGCGAGAUCUCGUCCCGCUCCAGCAUCUGUUCGGUGGACUCGGUGCCGGCUCCCGGCUCUGACGAGCGCUGUAACAGCAGCAGGAUCUGUGCUGCUGCAACGACUACCUACACGACUCCUGCACCAGCUGCCGAGAGCACGGCAGCAACGCAUGCACACUUACAUUCUGACAACCAGCCCAGCACAAGCAGCUCCUCGUCGUUGGCUCGAGGGUUCGUCUCGCGCGGCUCCACCUUCACCUCCUCCAUCUCCACAGAGGAGCUGACCCCAGACCACGCCUCCCUGGACUCCGUGGCCGACAGCGGCCGCGGCAGCUGGACGUCCUGCUCCUCCAACUCCCACGACUCCUUCCAGAGCCUCCCCGCCUCCUCCUGCCGGCCCUGGGACCACGGCAUCCACGGGCACCCGCUCUCCCUGCCGCACACGCACCUGGGCGGCUUCAAGCACGCGCAGCCUCCGAUAGCGGAGGUCGAGGCCGCCGCCGCCGCCGCCGCCUCCUCCAGGCACCACUCCAGGGGCUCCGGCUCGGACCUGUCCAAUCAGUCGAGGCAGAGCUGGGCGUCGUCCGGCUCGCUGUCGGACACCUACGAGGGGAAUUACGGGACGAUAAAGCGGAGAAACACCUCGGAGCACCCCUCCUCGCCCACCGAGGAGGAAGGAGGGCAGAGCACAGACCCCGUCUACAAAACGGUGACGUCGAGCACAGAGAAAGGCCUCAUAGUGUAUUGUGUCACAUCCCCCGCCAAGGAUGAGCGUUACCGAGCUCCCCCUCCCACCCCUCCAGGCUACCAGGGUCUGGCUCUGGGGGAUCUGGGCCUCACAGACGGAGUAGUCCCCCUCCCCAGGCCUCCUCACCUCAGACCUCCGGACUACAGCGUGGCCCUGCAGAGGAGCAAGCUCCUGCAGAGCCCCGGAGCGGCCGGCGGUCUGGCCGAGGCUCGGAGGCUGGCCGGUAACCAUCACCUCCACCACCCCCACCAGGAGGCCCGGACAGCCGGGUCCACGCACUCCAGACCGCCCAGCAUCUGCCUCCCAACGCAGGAGCUGGCCGAGAGCGAGGACGAUGAGCAAGUGUCAGCGGUGUAAAGACGGAGAUCUCUCUCACACACACACACACACACACACACACACACACACACACACACACACACACACACACAGCCCUGUGUGAUGUCACCGCGGACCACAAUGCACCUCUCGACGGGUCAUGUGACCUCUCCUCUCAUCUCCAGACUUUUACAAUCAUCUCUUUUUAAAACCCGUUUCACAAAACAAAAGAAGAAAAGAAACUUUUUAAUAAACCUCUUGAAUGAAGCCGAAAAACGGUCGACGGACGUCAACAACAA